AUGCAGAUUACGCAAGAUCGCAAGCGCCGCCGAGUUGCAACCUGGCUUGCGUCCGUGGACGACACACCGGACGACUUGGGGGACCCUCCAGAGCCUGACAUUGAUGACGACGGUGUGCUUCCCACCGAAUCCCAACCGAGCCGGCUGCUCAAGCGUGCGCGCGCGCAAUCGUUCGGCGCGGAAGCCCACGAAGAUUUCCUCUACCCGUACGACGCCCCUGACACGCCCCCUCUUACUGACGCCGCCGACGCCGGUCCCGACGCAAUGGCCACCCAGCCCGAGGAUCCAAAGACGCCACAGACGCAGAUUGAAGCACGACGAAAGAGGGGCAAUACGGGGCUUGGAGACACAGACAACGAGGAGACUCCCACACAGCUGAACCCUCUCCGACAAUCAAGCCAACGGAUGGCACCCCCACCCAAGAAGCAGAGGACACCGAGGACGCCCAGCCCUAAAAAGUCCAAGCCCGACUCGAGGUCCGUUCUAGACCAGCUGCAGAAGCCAGUGCAAGUGUACGAACUCCCUCGCAAGAUGGCCGACGCGCUCGCACAACUCCCUCCAGAUAUCAAAUGGUUGUAUCAAGAAAUUUUGUUGAUGGAAAAUGGACAAAACAUCCCGCACGAGGUGUCUGGUGCGAUGGCCGAACUCAUACCUGUGCCGAGUUGGUGUCUCCGUGAACCUGACCCGGAGGAAGGAGCUCGAGCCAUUGAGGUCUUCAACACACUGACCUCUAUUCUCGAUAAGGCGUCACAGGCGCAAACUUAUAAGCGGCAUGAGGCUGCGUGGUAUAUCCACGUCCACUCACCGCUCUUGGAAUUGGUCUUUGACUGGCGCAUUCCUCAGCACAACGAGGCGACUGAGCCACGGGCUAGAGUCGAGCCCGUCAUGUCUGCUACUAUCGCGGGCAAUUCAAUCCCCCUCCGGCGGGGCGACCCUAAUGCUCCCCUAGAGCCCGCUUGUUCUGUUUCACUAGACACCGAACUCCUCUCCGAUACGUCCCAGGAGUCGUGUAUAUACCCUCCGAGUGACUGGAGUAUGUCUCAGGUGCGAAGUCACAGCGCUAAGGUUGACUUCGUGGUUGCCCUAGACAUCCCGGACGAGGCACAACUGCGGAAGACAAUUUCCUGGACCAUUGACGACGGCUGGCGACGGCAUAUCAACCAGACGACGUACGAACCACUAAAGGAAAGCCCAAUCGCUAUUUCCUUCGAGAUGAAAACAGAGGCUGGUGUGGGAGACUCCUUUGCACAGCUAGGUAUAUGGGCGGCCGCCUGGCAUAAACGGAUGUACGAUCUUCGCGAACGGCUCGUCCGUGCUGGUCCUAAGCCAUGCCUGGUGUCCAUGCCCUUGGUGCAGGUUCGGGGACACCAGUGGAAUGUUUUCUUCGCUUGUGAUCGAGGAACGUCGAUCGACGUAUACGGGCCAUUGAGCCUUGGCUCCACAGACAGGAUUACGUCAAUCUACAACCUCCUUCGGUCUUUAGAGGCUAUGAAGCGCUGGGUUGUGGGGACUUAUUAUGACUCGAUGAAACAGUGGUUUCUCGGUCUCGAAGAGGAUGAUUGA